AUGAGGACACUUGGAAGUGGUGGGGAAAGAAUAGCUUAUGUUGCCGGUUCAGAGGAAGAUGACGAGGAGGAUGAUGACGAAGGUGAGAUUACACCAGAGAAGCCUCCCAAAAUUGAAGAACCCAAGGAGUCAUUUGGCUGUUCUACUUCCUCUGAGCUAAUCUUUGAGGAACCUGCGGACUCUAAUUUCAGUGAGGAUGCUGUCAAAGUACCUGAUGAGGAUUCUCAGACGUUGCAGUUUGAGGAUGAAUCUGAAGAAGGUGACAUCGAACCUUCAACACCUCCUGCUGAUGAUGCGAGUCCCUUUGAACACACUGAGGCUUUAGCAGAGAAUCUUACAGAAGAUGACAGCCCAGUCCCUAAACAGCUCUCACAGACAGACAUGCUCUCAGACUUUGAUAGUAAAAUUAACGAAUCAGAGCAGAAACAAGCUGUUGAAGAACUCCCCAUACAAAAAGAGGAGUCAAUAGAUUUCUCACAAGUAGAGAAUACAUUUAAACAGGGUGGUACAGAGCUUUUCAGACUAUUUCGAGAACCAUACCAGAAGGUCCCAGAUCCAAGUAAAAACACAAUGGUGAAAGAGAGCCAUCAAGAACUCCCCAUAGAGGAGGAGGAUUCAAUACACCUAGAGGGGGAAGAGAUUGAGGAAGAGUUGCUAGAGGAUGAAAAUGCAGUAUUGUCUUCAUCCAAAACUGAGCACACUGAUGAAAAUGACACAGAAAGUCUAUCUGAAUUUGGGUCAGAGCAACCCAAUAAUUAUACACAAACCGAUGUUGUAUCCAGUGAUGUGUUGGAUGUGGUCCAACACGACGAGGCUAUUGACAUAGAACCUGAGGUGCAUGAGACUGAAAAUGAUGCUGAAAGCCACACGCCCUCACUUAAAGAUAAAGUUCUGGAUCCCCUUCCAAACAAAGAGGCGGAAUACAGUAACAAUGUGUUGAGGCUGAGACUAUUGCGAGACCGCUGCAAGGAGGAAGAUAUGGAGCGCCUCCAAAAGAUUCUAGGUCCUCAGAACCUCUUUAGGUUGGAGUUCCUUUUUUUUGACCUGGAGCUGAAGGCUGCCCGGCGGUCCCAGACAAACGUCAGUGAGGACAUUGAAACGGUGCUGGAAGCCAUUUUGGAAGGCUCUGAAACCCCAAUCCUGGAUGAGAUUGAGAGGAUGCUGGAUGCCCAUGAGAACGCUGACCUGCAGCAGGAGGCUGGUGAGUUUCUUGAGGAAGCUUCCAUCUUGGACGACUUCCAGAAAUUGGUGUUCACCCUGCGUCAGAAGUACUCAACGGCCAGAAACAGUGCUCCCAUGGCAGUGGGCAGUCAACUACACCCUGACACAGAUGGGAAUAUGUCUGAAAAUACCUUGGACAUGGGACUUAGCGUAGACAUGGAUCACCCUCCCUCAGGAUCUCUGGAGUCACCUGCUGUCACUGAUUUCCAUGAAGAUGAGCAGAGUGGUUCAUCAUUCGUAUCAGUGCUAAUUUUAUCUGGUCGUCUCGUCACCCUGUUUUAUGAGUAUCUUGGAAUAUAUGGUGUUAUGAUGGUCACCAGCCUGCCAGAGCACUGGAAGCCAGGUCCAGACUUCUACGGCGUGUCCUGUGAACCCGUGCUGAUCACUGCAGGUGCCGGGGUCAUCGGCUUCCUCUUCUGGAGGAGCAUUCUAUCUGUCAAAAGCAAGUCAUAUCUAAAAAUGGUGGACAGGAUGAAAAAGCUUGAACAAGAGAAGAAGGAGAUACUCCAAAAGGUCGCUAAACUGCAGCAACAGGGCGAAGAACUUAAAGAAAAGCAAAAGCUGUCUGAAAAAUCUGCCACUUUAUCUCUGGAAAAGAUCCAGGAAUUGGAGAAUAUUGUGCAAGACAUGGAGAGACAAAAUGAGCGCCUGGACGAGGAAAAUAACUUACACGCCAUAUCCUUUGACAAAGAGCGGGCCAAUACUGCGAAACAUGAAGAUAUGAUGUCCGAAAUGGACAAAACCAUUGAGAAGUUGAAGCGCAGCAAGAAGAAGACCCAGGAUGCACUGUCGAAGUCUACCAUUCUGAUGGAUGAAGCCAAACUCCGCGAAGAUGCCCGGAAUGUCCAGGUCCAGGUUCUGGAGAAGGAUAUUGCCACCCUGAAGGAGGAGAACCUCUCGCUGCACCAUGCUGCCAAGUUGUGGGAGGAGAAGCACAGGGAGACAAGCGAGCAGAUCAAAGUCUACCAGAAGUCCCAGAAAGACCUGGAGGAUUCCCUCCUUCAGAAGGACCACAACGUUGAGGUUCUAUCUGACCUGCUAGGAGACCUGGAGGCCUGCGAUGACCUGAAAGGUGGAGUUGUUGCUAACGGGGUAGCCUCUAACGACAAGCAGACCAUCAUCCAAAACCGCCAUAAGCAAAUGAUGGAUGUCUCUCGGGUCCAGACCACUCUGUCUGUUGUGGAGGAAGAGCGCGAUCGCUUCAUGACCAAGCUGCUGAACGAAGAGAAGUCCAGGAAAGAGCUGGAAGAGCAAUUUCAGAAGCUGGAGCAUGACAUCUUGUUGGUGAAAAGUGACAAGAACCACCUGGAGAACCAGUACAAGACCCUGCAGCAGAAGAAUGACAUCAUGACAGAGAUGUACCAGCAGAAGGAGAACGCUUUGCAGCAGAAGCUGACCAAGGAGGAGUUUGAGCGCCCCAACAAGGAAGACCGGCUGACGGAGAUGGACGGCAAGGCCCUAGAGGAGGAGGUCAAGGUGUGUAGGCAGCGCGUUAAGGAGAUCCAGGACGAGCUGAAAUGGACCGAGAAGUUCUACAAAGCUCAGGUCAUUGAGCAGGAGCAGAAAUCUCACGUGAACUGGGUGAUUGCACGCGCCGCAGAGCGAGCUCUGUUCGACGAGAAGAAGGAAACAACUAACAUUCGUAACUUACUGACUGACAUGUCCAUCAAGCUGAAGGAGCUCUGUAGGCCUCUGUUCAAGCCCACCCCUGGGAUGGCUCCCAUGCCUCUCCGACGAGGACCACGACCUCACUCUGACCCUCACGGCCGCCGUUACUCUCCGUACCACAAACACCCAGUGGCUGCUAGACCUGACACCAUGGCCCCACGUACAUCCUCACCAAGCAAUCUGGGCAGCUCGAACUCUCGACCUCAGGGUCCUGGCUCCCUGCUGGUCUCUCCCAUCAGCUCCCCCCUCGACUCAAGCCUCAGACCAGUCAUCAGCCAUCCCUCCGGACUCUGCCACCGUCCUCUUCCCGGACCCCACCACAUCCCUCCUCCCCCACCCUUCAUGCCUCCCGUGUACCGACCAGACAACGGACACUCAGGCAUGAUGCCUCCUGGACCCCCAACGCCUAACGGACACCCGCCUGGUCCAACGAUACCACCCGGACAUCGGCCUCCACCUCCUGGUGCUUACGGUCCCUCUUCCCCACACAACCGGUACCUUCCUCCACCUUCUCACUAUGGACCGGUGCCUCCUCCAUUCGGACCCCCACAUACCUACGUGCACUAUGGACCACUUGAUCACUCCAUCCCACUCCGACACCUGCCCCCUGGGGUGGCCCCAUUCCCUCCUCAUGUCGGCCCCAAAGACUUCCCUGUGCAGCCACAGGUCCCACAUGGCCAUGACUCUUCAGUGGGCCCCCAGCCCGGCGCUGGCCCCCAGGGCCAGGGGCAAGACUACAGCUCCCAGCAGGCAACAGCUGCCCCCCAGGACUCAGUCAGCUCUGCCAUGGCAGAGCCUUAGACACCUACCAACCGUUAACGACCUGGCUACAUUUAAUCAACCACGAUUCAUCUCUUUAUUUUUUCCUUUUUGUUUUUAAUUGGCUGAAAAUAAAUAUCAUAUGAUAUACUUGGAAACAACAGAAGUAUCUAAAAAGUUAGUGUUCCUGUUAAAGCAUCAGAAAAUCAAUGUCUUAUGUUUCGUGUAAUGACUUGAAGAGGAGUAGAACUGAGGCUUGUUACUCUGCAAGUCCUAUUGUGCAAUAACAUUUCUAUUGAAUGACUGAGGAUUUUACGUUUUUGAAAGGGUAUUAUGUUGAUUUUGUAUUAAUUUCACAAUGUUAUCAUGGUUUCCUGUGGAAAUUAUUCAAAAUAAAUGGACCCCAAGCUUUUGGGUUGCUUGAUCGAUCA